UGCUUUUUUUGUGGCACUGAAUGAGGGAUAGUGAUACUGUUUAAAAUUCUCAAUACUGUAUAGGAAAAGUGCCAUGAAAUCAAUUAAAGACAAGCAUGGUACAGAACUGAAUUUGUCUUGUAUAGUUAAAGGCCAGAUUUUGGAAAUGUGAAAGAAUAAACCUUCUGGAAACACUGUAGUGCUAUUAGCAUUAAAUGGUAAGGACUUAACAGUAUGGAGUUAACUGAGAAAUACCAGAAGUAAACAGAUAAAAUAAACCAUACAGUUUCAAUAAAUAAGGUCACAGUAUAACAUGCAAGAUGCAUGAGUGGUGAUAUGUUUGUCCUGGAAGAAUAGCUUGGGCUAAAUUUACAAGUUCAGUAGUUUUGGAAACAUUACAGUUAAAUUACUGAAAUAAUGGUAAGACUCUUGGCAGUGUGGAGGAUCAGAGGGAUCUUGGGGUCCAAGUUCAUAGGACACUCAAAGCAGCUGUGCAGGUUGACUCUGGGGUUAAGAAGGCAUACGGUGUAUUGGCCUUCAUCAAUCAUGGAAUUGAAUUUAGGAGCCAAGAGGUAAUGUUGCAGCUAUUAUAGGACCAUGGUCAGACCACACUUGGCGUGCUGUGCUCAGUUCUGGUCGCUUCACUACAGAAAUGAUGUGGAAGCCGUGGAAAGGGUGCAGAGGAGAUUUACGAGGAUGUUGCCUGGAUUAGGAGUAUGCCUUAUGAGAAUAGGUUGAAUGAACUCGGCCUUUCCUCCUUGGAGUGACAGAGGAUGAGAGGUUUUCAAAAUACCUCUGCAGUUGUGGAGCAACCAACAAUGGAAAGACUUUGCAAAAGAAACAAACAUAUUACUGUUGCUAAAGGUAAAAUAAAUAUCCCAACCAAGCUGAAAGAAUUACAAAACUCUCCCAAUUUUGCUCAGUUUUUACCUCAAGAGCUAACUCUGAAAAUUUUCAGUGAAUUGGACAUCCAAAGCCUGUCUAGUGCAGCAAUGACAUGUAAAGCUUGGAAUUAUUUGAUCGAAAACAGUGACUUUCUGUGGCGUAAUCACUGCUUGACAACAUUGGCUGUCUGCAAAAGAGAACUACAAUGUGAUAGAGCAAGCGGAUUUUCAUGGAAGGUUACCCUGGUGAGAAAUUACAAGAAAAGCAACAUAAAACAAGCAUGGUUGAAUGGUCAUUAUAGUUACAUUCGUUCUGCAAAUGAACUUCUGCAUAAAAGUAUGUGCGAAAUGGAUGCCGAUGCAUGGGGAGAGAUAUUAGAGGCUGAAUUGGAAAGAUGAAAGCUUGGGAAUUUAAUUGUGUGGAGCAGCAUUCUUGUACUCUGCAAUUCAGAUUUAAAGUGUGGAAAAAAAUCAUGAAGGAAAUUUUGGGGCUUGCUUUGAGUUUCAUUUUGGAUUCACCAUGCUUCUGACGCACUAGUACACAGAGGAGGUCAGAUGUGUGGUAUGAUAUCCAGAGGCAUGUAACAUAUUCCUGCACAAAAUAUCUGUUAAUUUACACCACAAAUGAAUAACUUAUGGGUGAUGCAGGCUAUUUCCAACAGCUUGAAUAGUCUAUUUUACCGUUAGUUAAAUAUGUGAAGUCCACUGCUAGGAGCUCAUCUCCAAUUGUUCGUCUUCAGGUAAAACACUUGUCUGUUUUUGCUGUUCUGAACAUUUCCCCCUGCCCUUACUCCAGUGCCCACCAACCUGCUCCAUUGGCCAGUGAUGAUCAUGAACACAACCCCCACCUCAGCCAUAUUAACCCUCAACACUGAUUUCCAAUAAGAUACCCACUACCCACCCCUCUCACUCUUCACUCACCGCCAUUUCCCAGCCUCAGUCAAUCCCUGCCCCCAGUCUCCAGCUUUCCACCUUGCUUAGUAGGAGUCCCCUUGAACCUACUCCACACUUCAAUAUAAUGUCUUGUCCAAUUGUAAUUGCAAUAUAUCCACAGUAACCUUUCACCCCUUGCUUCUCAACAGCCCCUGCUGUAAAUAUAUUCAGAUUCAGUUUCUGCUAUCUUUUGAGGAAGGGAAGUUUCAAAGGACUCAAGUGCCUCUGAGAGAAGAAAACUAGCCUCAUUUCCUUCUUAAAAGAGUGGCACUUUACUUUUAAAUAGUGACCCAUAGUUCCAGAUUCUUUUGUGAGUAAAGUUCCACUCCACAUUCCCUCAGGUCUUGUAUAUUUCAGUCAAGUCUAAACUCCAGCAGAUAGGUGCUUAGCUUCUCCAAUGUUUUCUCGUAAGGCAACUAUCCUAAACCAAAUAAAACUUUCAUGAAUUGCUUUCAAGGCAUUAUCACCGUUCUUUAAGUUAAGAGAUCAAUAUUGUGUACAACAGCAAGAUGUGGUCUCACCAAUACUCUUAUGUAAGUGAAGCAUAAUCUCCCAAUAUGUUUAUUCAUUUGCCCUUGCAAUAAACAGUAAUAUUCUGUUAACUUCCUUACUCUCUUGCCAUAUCUGUAAACUGGCCUAUUAUGAAUCAUCCACAUUAUCUUUGGAACUCUUCAAAUUCUCCCUAUUAAUUAAUAUGUUGCCUUGUUUAUUUUUCCUGCCAAAAUGGACAAUUUCAUAUUUGCCCAACAUUAUUGAUCAGAUACUUGCCCACCCACUUAACAUAUUUAUAUUAUUUUUGUAGCUUCAUAAUAUCAUCUUCACAACUUCUUUGCCUAUUUUUGUGACCUAUACUUUCUCCAUGUGUGACAUCCACCCCUACCUCAACCAACCUGAUAUAUUUUCCACUUUAUUGUGCUGCCACCACCUCCCAACACCCUCUAACAAUCUUCCAUUUACCCUUUUACUGAUACAGUAUCUCCUGACUACCAUCAGUGUCCAAUCACUCCUGCUUUCUCCCCGCAGUUGUUUUGACCCUCCAAUCACUCAGCUUCUCCCCUGCACACUCCAUGACUCAUAUUUGGAAUUAUGACUUACGUAUUUCCUGUGUGCAUUCAUAAUGGUCGACUUCAGAAAUGAAAGGCCUUUGAGUGUGUAAGUGUUCUAUAGCAAGGAACAACCUGGCCCUUGUGCACUAUAAAAUUUUAUGGCCACCUGCCCUCAUUGGUUCAAUUGGCAGCACCUAUUCAAUGCACUUUUCCAGACUUACAAUUUCUAAGUUAAAAAAAGAUUAAGUUUAGUUAUUUUUGUAGCAUUGUGCACUUAAAAAGAUGUAAUUGUUUUUAUUUGUUUAAUAGUUUGUGUUUUGAUGUUAAAAAUUAUAUUGAAUUUGAAAACCAUCUUUCUAUUGUUAGGUUACAAAUAUUUAAUACAAUGAUAUUGAAAGGUCCUUACAGUUCAGUAUCUUUAAAAAUGUUUUACACACUCUUUUAAGCACCUUUGUUUUACUUUUGAAAAAGCAUUAUCAUGAAAAUCGAAUAGUAUUGUAGUUUUUGAAUUCUUUGUUUUUUACCCAUUAAAAAUAAACGUUGAACUUGG